UUGCUUAUCGAUAGCCGCCGCGAACUUUUUUGGUGAUGCGACAAUCACGCGCAACAUUACCGUCGCAUACCAUAUCACUGCCAUAGUCCCUUGUUGCAGUCCAUUCAUCGAUGAACCAGUACCAAGCUUCACUGGCUGCACAGAAUCCACGGUCUCUAGAGCCUUAUUGAUUGUCGGUUGCUUGAAAAGACCCAGUAUUCCAAUACGCCUGGCGAAUACAUAGACGUCUGUACUCAUCUUUUGACUCGAAUCCUACCACCGUAGUCGCCAUGGUCUCAAAAGGUCGGCCCUCGCUCCAGGCAGGCCUCGAUAAGGAGGUGUAUCAAGUAGUCCGUAAAUACCUGGACGAAAAGAACGAAUCCGCGCUGAAGCUCCGGUUAUCUACGGUAUACGACUACAUACAGCGAUCAAACUCCAGCUUGAAGAGGCGGCCCAAAAAGCAAAUCGAGGACUCCAUUGACCGCGUGAUCGAUGUUAUCCGCGAAGACGAAGAAUCCGACGACGAAGACGAAAUGGCCGAACUUGAAGGAGACUUCACCAUGGACGAGCCAAAAGAGAAGAAAGAUCGAUCAAGCGAUUGGAUGAACAAGCAAAUUGUCAAUCAAUGGGCGAUUCCACCUGCUGCAAAUGGGGAAAAGAGCGAGAAGAGCAAGAAGCGGGAUAGUGGAAAGUCGAAGGAAGAGAGGGAGGCUAAGAGACAGAAGAAGGCAGGGGCUCAGGAGAAUAAGAUCGAUACUGCGGCUCCCACAGGCGUUACAUUAGAAGAUAUAGGGGGUGUGGAGAAGGUCAUGACGCAGCUCAAAGAGCACUUGGUACUCCCGCUUCUCUGCCCACAAGAAUACGCCAACCGCAAAAUUCCCAUACCACGCGGUAUACUCCUCCAUGGACCCCCUGGAUGCGGUAAGACAGUUAUAAGUCGAGCCUUUGCUGCUGAGAUUGGUGUACCCUUUAUUGAGAUCCUGGGCCCAUCCGUUGUUUCAGGCAUGUCUGGAGAAUCCGAGAAGCAGGUACGGGAACACUUCGAGAAGGCCAAGGAGGUUGCACCAUGUCUGAUCUUCAUCGACGAGAUUGACGUCAUUGCACCCAAGCGCGACAGUGCACAGAGCCAAAUGGAGAAGAGAAUAGUUGCUCAGCUUCUCAUAUCUAUGGACAGUCUUGCUAUGGAAGGCAAUAAUGGCAAGCCUGUUAUUGUACUCGCCGCUACCAACCGCCCUGACAGUCUUGAUCCAGCCCUACGCCGAGGAGGUCGAUUUGAUACCGAAAUCAACAUGGGUGUACCCAACGAGCUUAUGCGACGGUCUAUACUCCAGGCUUUAACGCGCGAACCAAAGCUCGCGGAGAAUGUCGACUUCGGUGUAUUGGCGAAACGGACAGCCGGAUUUGUCGGCGCCGAUUUGAAGGAUCUUGUUAGCAAAGCAGGUACAUGGUCUAUGGAUCAGUAUCGAAGAGCACUUGAGAAGCAGGCAGCAGACGCAGAGACUACAAUGGACAUUGACGGCGGCCUUUCGCUCAACGCGGACAACCGGGUGUACCAAUCGAUUCGUCGACUGAUCACCCGCGUGAAAGAUACGGAAGCUCCACGGCCGGAGGGGUUCGAAGACACUGUAAUCUCGAUGGAAGCUUUUGAAGCCGUACUUCCUACUAUCACCCCAUCGUCAAAGCGAGAAGGCUUUGCCACUGUGCCGGACACUACAUGGCGAGACGUUGGAGCGCUGGCGGGUGUUCGCGAAGAGCUCGAGAUGGCUAUUUGCGAGCCUAUCAAAGAUCCUGCAAAGUUCGCCAAAUUUGGUAUCUCAGCUCCUACGGGUGUACUACUAUGGGGACCACCUGGUUGUGGUAAGACGCUUCUAGCCAAGGCGGUGGCUGCGGAAUCCAAAGCAAACUUCAUCAGCGUUAAGGGGCCUGAGCUUCUGAACAAGUACGUUGGAGAGUCAGAAAGGGCCCUGCGCCAGGUGUUCAUGCGCGCCCGAUCCUCUGUACCGUGUGUCAUCUUCUUUGACGAGCUUGACGCUCUAGUCCCGAAACGCUCCACCGAGCUUCACGAAGCCUCCGCACGCGUUGUGAACACACUUCUCACCGAGCUCGACGGCCUGUCCAUGCGCGAAGGCAUCUACCUCAUCGCUGCUACGAACCGGCCCGAGAUGAUAGACGAGGCCAUGCUCCGACCCGGACGCUUGGAGACCCUACUCUACGUCGAACUGCCCAAACCAGAGGAGCGUGUGGAUAUUCUGAAAGCGCUCAUCCGCCAACGCGGCGUCUUGAGCGACGAGCUCGCCGAGAUCGGCCGCCAAGACGUCUGCAACAACUUUUCGGGUGCUGAUUUGGAGAGUUUGUUGCGUAAAGCCGGACAACACGCACUGCGAAGGCGCAGCGAGGUCGUCGAAGAGCUGGAUUUCGUCGAGGCGGCGAAGACGGUCAGGCCGAGUGUAGGUGAUGUGAAGAAAUAUGAGAAGCUGCGGGAGAGAUUUGAGACAAAGCUUUGGUAGAGCCUGGAGGUACUCACUGUAGUCUUUGUCGACUUUCGAAUAAUCAUGUACCCAUGUAUUCCUCUGGGUACCUCAUGCCAGCUACGCAUCCAUCAUCUGAAACCCCAAUACCCCGCCGUUGUACCCUUCUCUUGACUUGAAUUUGUUCCUGAACC